CUGAGUGAGGGGCAGGAGAGCCAGGACUGGAGGUAGCUGGGAGAGUUGGAGGGCUCCAUGACUUCGGUGCUAAGGAUCUCCCCAUAAAGGGGGCCAUGGGACCUCUGGAUCUCUGGAGCCUACUGCUGUUGUUGCUGCUACCCCCUACCUUGCCCCUGCCCCUGGGGGGGGGUCUGCAGAGCCCAGCGCCGUCGGAGUGCUACCAGGUGAAUGGGGCGGACUACCGAGGCCACCAGAACCGGACGGGGCCCAGAGGCAGUGGUCGGCCCUGCCUUUUCUGGGACCAGACGCAGCAGCAUAGCUACAGCAGCAGCAAGGACCCCCAGGGCCGCUGGGGACUGGGCGCGCACAACUUCUGCCGGAAUCCCGACGGAGACGUCCAGCCCUGGUGCUAUGUAGCAGAGACCGAGGAGGGGAUCUACUGGCGGUACUGCGACAUUCCCACAUGCCACAUGCCGGGCUACUUGGGCUGUUUUGUGGAUUCCGGGGCUCCCCCAGCUUUGAGUGGCCCCAGUGGCACCUCCACCAAGCUCACAGUACAGGUCUGCCUGCGCUUCUGUCGCAUGAAGGGAUACCAGCUAGCUGGGGUGGAGGCCGGCUAUGCUUGUUUCUGCGGCUCGGAAGGGGACCUGGCCCGGGGACGCCCAGCCCCGGCCACAGAUUGUGACCAGAUCUGCUUCGGCCACCCGGGACAGCUGUGCGGUGGAGACGGGAGGCUGGGCAUCUAUGAAGUGUCGGUGGGCUCCUGCCAAGGGAAUUGGACCGCCCCCCAGGGUGUCAUCUACUCCCCGGAUUUCCCAGAUGAGUAUGGCCCGGAUCGCAACUGCAGCUGGAUUCUGGACCCGCCAGGGUCCGCCCUGGAACUCACCUUCCGCCUCUUUGAGCUGGCUGACUCCAGAGACAGGCUGGAGCUUCGGGAGGCUGGCUCCGGCCGGCUACUGCGGGAUUUCGAUGGGUCAAGGCCCCCACCCCCUGGGCCCCUGCACGUUCCCACAGCUGCCCUCCUGCUCACCUUCCACAGUGACCCCCGAGGCCAUGCCCAGGGUUUUGCCCUCACCUACCGAGGGAUUUUGGAUCCUCUGGAGAACAUGGGAUCCCCUCAAAGCUUGGCCCAGACCUUGCCAGUCCCCAUGGAUGGAACUGACUGCAGCCCUGGGCCUGGGGUUCCAGACCCUGGAAUUAGGGCUGGGGUCUUCUACGCCUUGAUGGUGGUGUCUGUAUCGCUCCUCAUCCUCUUCUCCUUCUACCGUGUGCUUCGGAAACGGAGCUGUAUGCUGGCACCAGGGAAGGGGCUGAUGGGGCGACUACUGGUGCUGGGCCCUGUCAGGGGAGCUGGGAGAAGCUGGGUCGUCUGGUAUCGCAGGCCCCGUGGGGUAGCUGUCCCCAGUCCCACUGGAGACCCCACACCUGAGGGUCCAGCCCUGGCCUACCGGCCCCUCAGUGCCUCCAGCCAGAGCUCCCUACGAUCCCUCAUCUCAGCGCUCUGACCAGGACUGGCAAACCCACUUCAGCCCGGGUACCUUAGCCACCGUGGGCAAACUGCCACACAUCUUCUGAGAAGUCUGUCUGUUCCCACCGGCCCAGGUCUCCACACUGGUCCCUAUCUCCCAUUCCUUCAACUAAUGGCCUAAAAUGGAAUCAGAAGUCAAAGGGACAAAAAACCUUGGACACCUGCUUGCCUACUUCUGAGUGAAAGAGGGGUGGGGGAAGGGUGGAGCGGUCAAAUCUUCAGCCUUGUUGGUGGGUCUCAGGAUGAUUAAGGUCCAAAAGCAAAAGAAAAUACAGAACUGUGGACCUCUACUCAGCUCCCCCAGGACCAUGUACUAAAUUGGGAGUAGGUUUGAGAUUACUGGAAAAUGGUGCUCCUUUCAGGAAUAUCCAUGAACUUGAUGAAGAGGUCACAGGUCAAGGAAAAGUGGCCAAGGGCCUGAC